AUGAGCAAACGCUCCUUUGGGAAUUAUUCGUCGGGUGACCAAGCCUUUCAUCACUUUGUUAUUUCUUCAAUGUGCAAGACCGAACCAGAUUUUGUUCCCCAGUUUCCCAUCCUUCUUUCAACGUCCGAUCAAAGUUAUUGCACUUUAACAAAUGACUACGAAUCAAAUUUUAAAAAAAAGAAAUUUUCAACCAUAUCCGAUUCCGUGAUUCCUUCCCCUCCAUGCAACUCAGCGUUCAGUUCUACAACCAAUACUCUCUUUCUUCAGACUUUGAACAACUCAUCAAACAAUUGCAACAUUUUUCCACCAAAAACAAACCAUCAACAAAUUGAAAAUGUAAAUAUCAUAGAGGAUGAUGAUGCAAAACAUCAUCAAGAGCAACACUCAAUGGAAGACGAUGAAGUUACAUUCACGUUUACAACUAGUUGCAACGAUACAAAUUUAUACAGACACCGGAAGCAUUUGCAGCACAUUGAAUACCUUCGAGCCACAGUCAUAAACCAAGAGAUCAACAAAAAUGUCAUCAAUUUUCAGGUUAAAGGAGUAAGUGGACAAACUAUUUGUUUCAACCAAGUCGACAUUGAACGUAGCACGCUGCUAGAAUUACAACAAAUAGUCUAUCAACAAAUAGGAAUUCCCAUUCAGAAACAGAGAUUGGUUCUGAAAGGCAGAAUAAUUCCAUUCACUAACAACACAACUCGUUUGUCAGAAAUUCCUGGAAUUGAAAAUAACUGUACUUUUCAACUUGUGUGUGCUUUGAAGGGAGGCUAG